GAAUUUAAGCACGUAGGACGGCAACGCAACGAUGGUGGAUACACGGGCGCACCUAACACCAGUGCCGACCGUUUCAAAUCCCCUUCAACAGCUGCCAAAUGUGGAUAUGCGCUAAAAAAAGCAGCAUUUGCAGUGAAUGGAAAAGCCCUAAGAAAAAAGGACAUGGAAGCAAAGAAUGAUGUUGAUCUCUUUUUAGAACUAUACGAGGGAGAAUGGAGCGCGAAAGUAGCAACUUAG